AUGCGGAUACCACAGUCGUAUAUUCAGAAGUGCAAAAUCGUGGCACAUGUCUUCCAGGCGGUGCUGGUCUUUGUUGCGACAUGUCUGGCCAUAGCCGUCAUGGUUAAGGAUGGGGAGGUUGGCGGUGCGACCAAGUACUUUUUCGCCAUAUGUUUCCUCAGCUUCCCAGCUAUCAUCUACCUCACAAUGGUACCCGCCUGGAGUCGAGCACAGCGGUUCGCAAACGCAUACGCAUUCUUAGCCGUCGAUGCCAUCUACACCAUCCUCUGGUUCUGCGCCUUCAUCGCCGUCGCCCUGUGGAACUCCUACGGCAUCAACAAGGGCGGCGAGGACAAGAAGAUCGCAGAGGGCGACCGAAACUGCACAACCUUUGCCUAUGGCAACGAGAAGAAAUGCAAAGUCAGCACAGCAUCCGUUGGUCUCGGCGCCGUGAUUUGCCUCUUGUUCGUCAUAACAACAGCCGUGUCAGGCUACUACCUCCGCCAAUUCCUCCGCGAAGGCAGCAUGCCCUACCAAGCCGCCGAAACAGAUGCGCACCACAUCUCAGGCGAUUCGGCAAAGGACAACGCCUGGUCCACGGAAAUCGAGCCCCACCGCAACGAGCACGACGACGAUGACGACGAAGAAGACAGGCGCACAGAGCACGGCGGCAACCAGCACGAAGACGAGUACGCGCUGCUGCACUCCACGGAGACCGAGGAUGGGAGACACCCUGGCAGGCCGAUGAGCUGGGGCGACGACCGUGCGGGCUUUGGGCGCACCGUGCCGCCGUAUGCGGAUUACAGGGAGAGCGGGAGUGGGCUGGGGGCGGAUGCGUUGAGUCCCGGUGGGUACGAGGAGUAUCGCAGUCAGGCUGGGCUUGGGGGCGUGGAGAGACAGGCGAGUCAUGCGGGGACGGGGUAUAGCUUCAGCAGUGGGCGGUGA